AUGGGGAGGUGUUCCCUUGUCAGGACUCGCGGCCACGGGCGCGUCAUCAACGGCACGGCGGCCGACAUCGCCGACUUCCCUUGGAUGGCCUCCAUGCAGAUCCUGGACAACAUCGGGUGCGGCGCCUCGAUCAUCAGCAGCACGCGGGCGCUGACGGCGGCGCACCGCGUCCUCGCGAGCCAGGAGAUGCCCGACGCCUACACGACUUUGCGCGUCGGCUCGUCCAGCCGCGCCAGCGCCGGUGUCCGCCUCGACGUCGCGCAGAUGAUCAAACACGCCGACUUCCACAUGUCCACCGACGACGCCGACGACGAUAUCGGCGUCAUCCAGGCUUCUGAGUCGUUCCCACUAGGCUCGAACAUACAAGUGGUCAACCUCCCUGCCGAUGGAUACGACGCUCCAGCAGGCCUGCCAGUCACUAUCUCGGGCUGGGGCGUCACCGCGACCGAAUUCAACCCCGCCUACCUGCAGUGGGCGGACAUGCACGUCUUGGACCGCGACACCUGCCGGGACAUGAUGGCCGACGUUGCGGCAGUGACGCUGGGCAUGGUGUGUGCGGGGGACCCCACGAUGGCCAUCUGCUAUGGGGAUUCUGGGAGCCCCCUGGUAUAUGGGGACAUGCAGAUUGGCGUUGCAUACUGGACCCGGCCUGGCUGCAUCAGUACUACCUCUGUCUAUGCCAGUGUGGGCAACUUCCGAACCUGGAUCAGGAACAACACAGGAGUUUAG